UUUAACGUUGCGGUAAUCCGGUUCAGACGUGACAAGUGCGGCCGACGAGACCUGAAACUCACCAGUGAUAUUUCUGCCCCGUGUGCUCUAAAAAAGCCCUCCAUUGUUCGCCCGCUGCUCCUCCCCACCGACCCGGACGCGUGUGGGUGAUGCCCCCGUGGACCGGUAUGUUGCCGCGGCGAGGAGCUUCGGCCCAGCGGGGGAUAGUGUUCCUUUGUAAGCUAACGUUAACUAGUUGUGGGACCCGUCGGUCGGUAACCGUUGGUGAUGUUGCGCGGCGCUGGAUGAGCAGCGAGGAGUAGGUCGUGGUCCUCACUCGCAAAAGAAAAGAAAAAGGGCCAAGGACGAGCAUUUCCACUGAGCCCGGGGGACCGGGACACCUCCGGUGGGAGCCAGGAGAGCCCCCCCCCCCCGACGCUGCUGGUAGGACACCGGGUUGUUGGAGGCAGUUAGGCUGCCCCACGCUGCCCCCACCAAUUCCUGUUGACUGAGACCCAGCCAGCUUUCACGGUGGAAACGAGAAGAAGAGCAAAGAUGAACGCUUUGCGGGGGGGCGCGGUCACCUGGCGUCCCCAGCCGUGGCAGGACGGGGAGGGCGGAGGAGGAGAACCUCUGUCGGACAGCGACUCGGAGGAGGAGGACUUCCCCGACGACAGCACCACACCGCUGGGAGACUACAUCACACACGGACUGAAGCAGCUCCUGGAUGCUCAGCAGCUGUGUGAUGUGACUCUACUUGUGGAGGGAAAGAAGUUCAUGUGUCACAGAGUCCUCUUGGCAGCAGUGAGCCCGUACUUCCGGGCCAUGUUCACCAGCCCUCUGGUAGAGUCCCGCCUUACUGAGAUCCGACUGGAGGAAGUGACGCCGUCCGUCAUGGAGACCGUCAUCCAGUUUGUGUACACCGGGGAGGCGGGGCUCUCCCUGGACACAGCCGAGGAUCUGUUUGUGGCCGCUAACCGGCUCCAGGUCAUGCCCCUCCAAGACCUGUGCUCCAGGUUUCUAUUCGAGCACCUGUCGGUGGAUAACUGCCUCGGGAUGUACUCUCUGGCCCGCUCCCACCACGACCAGCUGCUGCUGCGGGCGUCUCUGCGGCUGGUGGCCCAGCACUUCCCCCGGGUGGCCCGGCAGAAAGACUUCCUCCUGCUCGACCACGGCACCCUGGGCAGCCUCCUGAGCUCCGACCGCCUGGGGGUGGACUCCGAAGCCGAGGUCUACGACGCGGCGCGGCGCUGGGCGGAGCAUCAGCCCCUGCAUCGCUACGCCCACAUGCCGGCGCUGCUCCACCACCUGCGGCCGGGGCUGCUGUCCCAAGAAGAGAGCCGAAGACUCUGCCAGGAGCUGGGGCCCGCCGCAGCCGGGGAGGGCCUCGGGGGCCCUCUGAGGCCGCGGGAGGGCAUGUUCGAGAAGAAGAUAGUCUGCGUGGAUCUGACGCCGCGGGAGGAGGAUAAUUUAGCUGCGAAGGACUACACGGUGGACUGCUUUGACCCCCGGACAGGGAAGUGGGAGAAGUUGGCGGCGCUGGGUUCACUGGUCAGUCCCGGCUGCACGGCUGUCGGCGACCGGCUGUUUGUGGCGGGCGGGAUCCUGCGGACGGGCUCCGUGUCUGCGGCUGUGCACGAGUACGACGCGGUGUUGGACCGCUGGAUAGAGCGGCCCUCCAUGGUGCAGCCGCGGGCCAUGCUGGGCCUGCUGGGCUGUGGGGAGUCGGUCUUCGCCCUGGGGGGCAGUAACCGCUCGGCCCUGCUGGACUCCACGGAGACCCUGGAGCUCGCCACGCUCCAGUGGGCCCCGGGGCCCCGGUUACCGCUGCCUCUGCGCGCCUUCGCCUGCGCGGCGUUACGCGGGCGCCUCUACCUUCUGGGUGGGACCACGCUCGAACAGAACCGCGCCGUGGUCCACUCGGGGGUGCUGAUUUAUCACACCCUGACCGACUGCUGGACACGAGUGGCUCUGGACUCCGGCGCCACUUGUCUGGCCGGAGGGGUAGCGGUGCGAGGAGGAGUGUGCGCCAUCGGGGGAUACUUGAGAGAUACGACCAAGUUCCUGGACGGAAACUACACCAAUCUGGAGACUUUAGACGCCACCGGGCGUGUGCAGUUUUUCAGAGAGGGGAGGGGGUCCGGGGCGGAGAGGGAGGUGACCGGGGGCGGGGUGAUGGUCACCGCCGACCAGCGGGGCGGGGCGGGUGGCGGGAGCGACCGGGCGCCGAGCCCCGUGCUGUUUCCCGGGCUGCCGCGGCGGAUCGCGGCGGGGGGCGUGGCCAGGUGGAAGCGCAGGAUUUACGUGCUGGGCGGGGAAAACGGCUCGCGGUUCUAUGACAGCGUGUACUGCUGGAAGCCCGGCUGGCGCAGCUGGGUGCAGAGACGUGAGAAACUCCCUGGGGACACCGGCGGCGUGAGCCAGUUUGGGUGCACCACUUUAAAGUUCCCCAAGAAACACAUCCUGUCCAGACUGAGACUCGCCAAAGAGAACUGCAAGAAGGCGGCCGACUAGGUUCACGGGGACCAGCGCGCCCGAAGGUCCUGGCCGGCGUUCAUGUGACGGGGGGCGGGGGCGGCGAGCUCCAACCUCCAGCCUUAGAGCGAGUUGGUUCGCCAGGAAGUGACCGUUUUUUACCAUCUGAGAGAAGCCCGGAGGACGACGGACUGGAUGCAGAUCGUAUCUAACGUGUCACGGGAAGAGCGAAGAAAAAGCCAGAAACUGGUUAGAAAUCAGGAAACACGCACCCGAAUGUGACCAAUCCACUAAUUAUGGUGGAGUGCUUUUUAGGUUAUUGUUUUCUUUAAGUGUAAUAUUAUUUUUAGCUCUUUUGCUGGCGUAUUUUUUAAAAUUUUAAGGCUGUUUUUAAAAACCUGUUUCAAUGCUGUGAAUUUUCCAGCAGCGUUUAGUUUGGACACGAGGAUACCGGCACAUCUCUGACCCUGCCGUGUUCCACUUCCUGUCCCGUGUGGGCCUCAGAAGCCUUUUCAAUGCCGCUCUUAAGCGCUGUAGAAGACAUGGUGGUCUCUCCCUGACCGAGGACUUCCCGCGUUAUUCUCUCAUGCCUCCAACAGGUGGAACACAGCAGCGCAUGAAAUGUGCAGAUGUAGCUGGAUGACGCACAAAAAAAUGGAGGCCGGCGAACGGAGCAUCUUGCAUAUUACUAUAUAUGACGAGGUGUGCUUUAAGCACCCUGUCUGAAGGGUGUGCUGCAGAUACAAAGCUGCCCCGCGGCCUCCUGGUGUCUAAACUACCGCUCCUGAACCUUCAAGCCGGGCCGAAGGCCGUCUUUACUUGAUUCAGCAGCCGUGUCCGAACCUUUGGUCCGAGUUGCUGCAGCCGCGUGAAUGUGUUCUGUGUGGCGGUUAUCUGAACACGUAAGCACUGCACCUAAUUUAUUCAAAUGAAUUCAAAGGUUUUUGUUGGGUUUUUGAACAUGGUAGCUGUUUGCCUUGCCUUGAUGUCACACUGAGCGUAGGGGGGGGUGACUUUUUCUGUGUUUUUUUUAAGUAACUUACAUUUUUUAAUUCUGUCUUUCUAAAAGGUUGCAAAUGUAAGCACAUUGUUUUGCUGUGAGCCGCAAUGUUUCCUUCGGUUUCUCUCUCUCUAUACUAUUUAUUUAUUCACUGAAAAUGUCGUCUUUUCUACAUUCUACGCGUGUCGUCCUCAGAUUGACAAACCAACCGGGGCCGGAAGCUCUGUGGAUGUUCUGACUGCUUCACAGAGGCUCCAACUCGUGAAACCCGAAAUAAAAAUGAAUUGGUUUCAAUUACUAAAA